UCUGGAGCAAAACAGGAGACAUGGAUCCUUAAGCCUACAAUAAGAGAUCAAUAGAGAGAUGAUGACAUGAGAGGGAAAAAAGAGACAUACUUUAUGAAGGGAACAAAUCAGAGUGGAGUAAAAAAGAGAAAUACUACAAGAAAAGGAAAUACCAUUUACAAAUUACCUCUAGUAGAUCAUGGCAUCCUCAAAUGAAGCAUUUAAAUCUGAUGGCAGCUUUUCAUCCAUAGCUGGGACAAGCAGUGGGGAUGUUCCAGCAGCAGCGGAAGGCUCAUCAGACUCAAGAUGCCCUAUUUGCUUGGAGAGAAUCCAAAAUGUGUCUUACUUAAAUCCCUGCUUCCACGGGUUCUGUUUUGCUUGCAUACAGGAAUGGUCAGAACGGAAAGCUGAGUGCCCUCUCUGCAAACAAUAUUUCCAUUCCUUCUUCCACACCAUCAGGGCUGACAAUGACUUUGAGGAGUACAUUCUGCCUGUGGAGAACAUAUCCUCUGCCAUGUUUGAGGUAAGGUCAACCUCUGCUCAAAGGCCGGAAUCUCCACCUGACCAUGGGAUCCUGCGUGAGGGCUUUUCAGGUCCACGAUCUCAAGCAAGGGAGUGGGCCAUUGAAGAGCUGAUGAGACAGUUUGCUAUCCGAAGGCCAUCUCAGCCAGGGGGAAUAUCCUUGGGGCAAGUACGGGAGCAGGUCACAAUUAAGUUCAGGAGAGCCCUAUAUCGAUCUGGGGUAUGGGUAAGGAAUGUCCAAGCCGGAGGUUUCUAUCGGGAUAUUUCGGCGGAUUUUUUCCACCGCAACCCUUCUCGCCUCCACAGAUUGGUUCCAUGGCUCAAGCGUGAACUAAGAGUACUGUGUGGCACCCGUGUGUCUUUGGUCAAUGACAUACAGCAUAUCAUCCUGCACAACAUGACUCAUUAUGAUCUGGAGAGCCAGGCCUUUGCCGAUCUCUUGCAACCUCACUUGCUAUAUUACACGAAUCACUUCCUCCAUGAAUUUAUCAAUUUUGCCCGCUCGCCAUUCAACAUUAAGGCAUAUGACUGGCGAGCCAAUUACGAUAUCCCCUUUUCUCUGCAUGAAGAGGGAUACCAGUUUUAUUCUUCACUGACUAUGUCUUCUGAGGAGGAAGAAGACUCCCAAGAUUAUGAUGAUGAGGAUGACGAUGGAGAAUCCAUAGGCAGUAAUGAUGAGGAAUCCUGGGAUGAUGAAAUCCCAGGCUCAGCGUGUUCCAGUUUAGAACAGGCAGUUGAUGACUUGAUUUCCACUCUUGGUUCCUCUGAUGGUGAAUUUGUCAGGAGAGACAAUUUACAGAGGUUGUUUCAGACCCAUGCAUGCUCUGUCGAGAACACUAAUCACUCUUCUUCAGACAACUGCUUCAUUAAUUCACUAGCUGAGAGGAUGGUAGACACUUUUGAGCCAUUUGCCGUGACUGUGGAGACUAACCAAGAUGGGGGAAAAGAGGAGAAGAAACUGCAGCCUGUAAGGGACCCUCACUCUAGCAAUAGUCAUGGAUGUUUAGCCAUUUCCAGGGAUGGCCAGUUUGAUAGUCAAAGACACGACUCACCGCCCUUACCCCAGCAGAUUCCUGAAAGAGAAGUCAUCUGUAUCACAGACUACGUUCAGUCAGAAGUAGAAGCAAUGGGUAACAGCGAGCAGAUUCAAGCCAAAUCCAAAGAGUUAGUUACACUUGAGUUGAUUCAGUCCAAAACAGCAGAGGCAGUUAAGAGUGAGUCGCUUCUGUCCCAAGGAGAAGCAAUUGUUAACAACAAGGAAUCACCCUCUUCCACAGAUAAUUUGCCAAGCAGCACCUCUAAAAAACGGGACAGUAGGUGCUUUCCAUGUAUCAGAAGAUCAUAAACCACAGCAAAAAAGCUAAGAGGAAACUCAUUAUGUUCUUCUCUGGUUGAGAUGAUGCUCACUCUAACGAAACUGAUAAAUGGGUAUAUUUGAAAAGUGUGUGUUUAAAAUAGUAGAAUGGGAAUCUAGGGACAAGCUGGAGAAGACAUUCCUGAUGAUCACCCCUUUCAUUUCAUAACUAAGAUGCAUUUGUUAUAGUC